AAAUGUUCCAAUACCUUGAAUAUUACACCAAGAAAUGCCUUCCGGCACUUUAUAGCGAACUUGCAAAAUUGGAAAACCUGCUGCAAGGUAAAAGUCGCAGCCAAUGUGGUGGUGAACAGCCUGUUCUUGCGGUGGAAAGUGCUGUGUGUGUGGCAAAAACCUAUUCUACAAGCUCAGUCAAAAGGACCAUUGUCAGAGGAAAGCUUGCCUUGGUUAACGAAGGAAUUAACUUUGCCAUGCAACAAUUAAGGCUUGGAAUCCAAUCUUUCUUGCCAGUUCUCGGUUUACAAUUGUCUGGAUUCCAGGACAUAAUUGAGUCGCACAAUGACAAUACUAAGCAAUCCUAUGAAGAUGUGGAGGAUGAGCUGGAAAGAGAUACAAAUUUUGAUAUGGAUAGUGAAACCGACAGUGACACUGAUAACGACAAUGAGAGUAUCUAUUCCGAAUGGGAGUUUGACACCUAAGAUGGUCGAUACGUCCCUAAUUAUUCGUGCUUGUUGUAAAAUGUUAUAAUUCGUAAAGUUAUUUUCUUCGCUUUAAAUCCUAAAAAGUCGUUAUAUUAUUUAAACACAACUUCUGAAUUCUGUACAAAAUCAACUUUGUUUCGUAAAGUUAAGGGCGUCCUGGAACAAUACCCUUUUGAAGUCGUAUAUUAUAUUUUGACUUAUUAAAAUAUAAUAUCUUUGUCAAGGCAACAAUUUUUUGGCCGUGGAAAUUAUAAACAGAUAUGAGGAUUUACUUAUGUCAAGUUCUAUAUAUAUUGCUA